CCAGGCUGGACGCCCCCCCGCGAUGCCGUCGGUGUGGAUCUGUGCACGUGGGACCCCGCGGUGCGGCGCGAUUCCUUCCACGGCUUCAAUGCGCGGCACCAGGACAGCAGCGACGACCUGACGCAAGCGGGGGGGCCGCAGGAUGAGAACCUCCUCGUGCAGGACGGGGGGGGCACCGGGGGAACCCCGUGGGAAACGGCCCCCCCCGCGGCCGAGCAUCUGCCGCCGCAAAGCCCCCCCCGGCGGCCCCCCCUUCCCACAGCCACAGAGCGCUGGGAGCUGGAGCAGCUGCUGGGGGGCUGCGGGUUGGGGGGGGGCCAGGAGGAGAACCCCCCCGGCGCCCCGCAGGGACCCCCCGUGCCCCAUAGCGCCCCCGUGCCCCAUAGUGCCCGCAGCGACUCGGUGCCACAUCCAGACUCUGUGCCCCAUAACAUCGUGGCGCCCCAUAGCGCCGCCGUGCCCCAUAGCGCCCGCAGUGACGCCGUGCCCCAUCCAGACUCUGCGCCCCAUAACAUCGUGGCGCCCCAUAGCGGCCCCGUGCCCCAUCCAGACUCUGCGCCCCAUAACAUCGUGGCGCCCCAUAGCGGCCCUGCGCCCCACAGAGACCCCGUGCCCUACGGCCCCGUGGCACCGCAUGCAGGUUCUGCGCCCUAUAGAGAUCCCACGCCCCAUAGCAGCCCUGCGUCCCAUAGCGCCGCGGCAUCCUAUGGCACCACCGUGCCCCAUAGCGGCCCUGGCACCCAUAGGGACCCCGUGCCUCGUAACGCUGCGGCAUCCUAUGGCACGCUGGCGCCCCACAGGGACCCCGUGCCCCAUAGCUGCCCCGUGCCCCAUAGCUGCUCCGUGCCCCAUAGCUGCCCCGUGCACCGUAGCCUUUCAGCACCCUAUAGCACCCUGCCACCCCAGAGCGACCCCGUGCCCCACAGCUGCUUCGUGCCCUAUAGCGCCCUGCCCCCCCAUGCUGACCCUGUGCCCCAUGGCGCCGCCGCGCCCUGUUGCCCCCUGGAGCCCUAUGGCACCCCGACACCCCACGGCCACUCGGUGCUUCACAGUGCCGCAGCGCCCCAUAGCAGCCCCACAGCCCACAGCCCCCCAAUAUCCUACAGCCCCCCCGCGUCCUACAGCCCUCCCACGCCUUACAGCCCCUCCCCGCCCUAUAGCACCCCGACACCCUACAGCACCCCAAUGACCUGCAGCCCCACGGCAUCCUACAGCCCCCCAUCUCCCCACAGCCCCCUGACACCCUAUAGCCCCCCGCCCCCCAGCCCCCCAACCUAUAGACCCACAGCAUCCUACAGCCCUCCUGUUGCUUAUGGUACCCUGACACCCUAUAGCAGCACUCCGGCACCUCAGAGCACCCAGGCGCCCUAUAGCACCCAAAGUGCCUACAGCACUCACGUGCCCCAUAGCCCCUCGACACCCCAUAGCACCCCGUCACCCUAUAGCAGUCCAUCACCUUGUGGCACACUGACACCCUAUAGCAGCACUGCGACAUCCCACAGCGGCACCUCAGCACCCCACAGCACCCAAAGUGCCUUCAGUCCCCCGACACCCCAUAGCCCCCCAUCGCCCUAUAGCAGUCCAUCACCUCGUGGCACACUGACACCCUACAGCAGCACUGCGACACCCCAUAGCGGCACCUCAGCGCCCCAUAGCGGCACCUCAGCACCCCAUAGCACCCACGUGCCCCAUAGCACCCAAAGUGCCUUCAGUCCCCCGACACCCCAUAGCCCCCCAUCGCCCUAUAGCAGUCCAUCACCUCAUGGCACGCUGAUACCCUACAGCAGCACUGCGACACCCCAUAGCGGCACCUCAGCACCCCAUAGCACCCAAAGUGCCUUCAGUCCCCCAACACCCCAUAGCAGCACCUCAGCGCCCCAUAGCGCCCACGUGCCCCAUAGCACCCAAAGCGCCUUCAGUCCCCCGACACCCCAUAGCACCCCAUCGCCCUACAGCAGCACUGCGACACCCCAUAGCGCCCACGUGCCCCAUGGCACCCAAACCCCAAUGGCGCCCCAUAGCCGUGGCCACGCCCAUUUCGAACACGCCCACUUUGGCCACGCCCACUCAGGCCCCGCCCUCCAGCGCCGCCCCAGCUUGGCCCCGCCCCCUCGCAGUCUGUGCCCGGGGGGCGGGGCCGAGGAAGGGGGGCGGCGCCGAGCGCAGCGAUCGCUGUCCGAAGGGGCGGGGCCUGCGCUGGCCACGCCCCCCUGCCCCCUCUGCGAGCCACGCCCAUUCCCUGUGGGACCCCCCCCCAAAAUUGGAACCCCGGGGAGCCCCGGAGAGACGGCGGAG